AUGUUGGAAGAUCUUUGUAGAGAAGGACAAUUAUCUACAGAACAAAUUCAUUCUAGAGUUCUGCAGAAUAUAAAUUCUGCUCUUGAAUCCAUGGGCAAGAAUAUUGAACAAUUUUAUCUUUCAGACCUAUCGGUCCCUUCUGAUGAAACUGAUGAUUGCUGCAAAGAUAUAGAAGAUAAGCGCAAUAUAUUAGUGUCUGAGUACUUUCUGGAAAAUCCUGGAUAUUUCUUUAUUGAUGGACCUGGUGGAACUGGGAAAACCUUUUUGUAUCAAGCAAUCUUGGCUACAAUAAGAAUGCACAAAUUGAUCGCUCUCGCAACUACAACUUCAGGAGUUACUACAUCACUUUUGCCUAAUGGGCGCACUGUGCACUCAUGGUUCAAAAUUUCUAUAGAUGUUGAAAGCAAAAUAUGUUGUAAAGUUAGCAAACAGAGUGGCCUAGCAAAAAUUUUGAAACUUGCUGCACUUUUAAUAUGGGAUGAAACAUCGAUGGCAAGACGACAAAGUAUUGAAGCACUUGAUGAAUUUUGGCAUUCAUUAGAGAAGAUCAAAUUGACAGAAAAUAUAUGGGCUAAGCAUGAUCCAACGUUUAGUAAUUUUUUGCUUUUUGUAGGAAAUGGUAUAGAACACCAGAUAUCUUGUAAAACUAUAAGAAUCCCUAAAAUGCUUCUUCCUUACAAUAAAAACAUUGAUCCACUUCAAGAGCUUAUUACUUUUGUUUUCCCAAAUUUCAAUGAUUAUAAUGAAGAUCCACUUUCAAUGAUGAAUCGGGCUAUCUUGACUCUGAAAAAUGACAAUGUAGAUCACAUUAAUGAAAUAUUGAUGGAAGAAUUUCUUGGAGAUGAACACAUGUAUAACAACAUUGAUGAGAUUGUUGAUAAAAGUCAACAGAGCUAG